AUGGACACACACGGUCCCUGUGCGACACGGUACCGCCUGGCCCAAGAGCGGGAAUUCCACAAAUAUAUUUCAAGCGAUGAUUUCGCAUCCCACUAUGCCCCUUGGGAUCAUGCCAGCAACGAGAAAUUCGUCCCACAGCCAUCGAACGACCCUGCGUUGACAUCGUACGCUCAGCUGUCUGCCACUCGUUUGGGCACCGAGCGCGCCCUCAUUUCCUUGUUCGAUCGCACACACCAGCAUGUACUGGCAGAGGCAACUCCGACAUUGAGUCUCAAGGGUGGACACUUCCAGAACAAUGUAGAGAGGUUAAAACUGGGAUGCUGCGUAUUUCCUAAGGAGCGGGGCCUUUGUCACCAUGUCGAGUCUCAAGCGUCAGAAAGUUCGGAGAAGGAGAAUGCAGCUACCGACAAUUGCACUCUAGUGUCUUUGGACAUUACCAAGGACGAUCGUUUCAAGUCAUGCCAACUACUUGCUCCACUUUCCGACGUGCGUUUCUUUGCGGCAGUGCCCAUUUUGAGUCCAAGAAAAUACAGAAUUGGAGUCUUAUGCGUGAUGGACAGCCAAGCGAGGUCAUCUACUCCCGACAUCGAUUCUCUUCAAUUCCUGAAAGAUAUGGCUGCGACCGUCAUGGAUCACUUGCAAAUGAAGGAAAUUAAACGUCGAAGCCAUCGCGCUGAAAGGAUGAUAGUUGGUCUCGGCAGUUUUGUGGAAGGUCGGUCUACUCUUCGAGAUUCAUGGUGGCAGACCAAGGUGCAACGCGACGAAUCGAAGAAGAAGAGCCAUUCCACUGGUCAGUUGAAAACGGAGCUGCAGGAUAUCCAACCCCUGAAAGAAACCGCAGAAGCGGGCUCGAAAAGUCUACCCAUUCGGGAGCCGCCAAAGAUGACCAGCGAUACUAAGGACGACGGUGAUGUUAAGGACACAAACGGUACCCCGAAAGACCAGAAUGAUUCCCCCCAGCCACCCAAAUCGGCCAGUCCCAGCGAUCUGCCAUCGGGGAGUCACCAGGGAACACCCAGACAGGAAACUAUAAACGAGUUUUCUCAAAAGGGUAGUUCGGUACGCAGCGUGCGUGCAGGAGAUAGUCUAAAAGACGAAACUCUCCCUAAUAGCAUUCGAAGUAUCUUCUCGCGUGCUGCUAAUCUUAUCCGAGAGUCAAUCGGGGCGGAGGGGGUGAUGUUUCUGGAUGCAAACAGCGAGCGCUUUGGGAAUCUCGUCGAUCAAAAUAGUCGUCGGGUCUCUGCUCCUCAUUUGAAACAUUCUACGUCCGCGUCCACAUCCAUGUCCAGCUCAGAUGACAGCACGGAUUCCGGGUCGUCGAGAAAACGAAGACCAUCCGACGCGAGCCAAAUAUCUGAUUCAGAUGAGCACCCGGUGACCUCUGAAUGUUUAGGAUUCUCCAGCUCUGGGAUGUCAAAUGGCAACGAUGAGGACCGAGCUGGUCAACCCAUUGUGGUUCCUGAGCCUCUGUUCAGCUCACUUAUCCGGAGGUAUCCCCGUGGGAAGAUCUUCACCUAUAAUGCGGGUGGAACCCUUUCAGACAGUGAUGACGCCAAUCAGAACUUCUAUGGGUCGGACGGAAGCCGUACCUCCCAAACUUCUGCUCCUGAUAAACCGGGUAAACGGAGGCGCAAACCAGCUAUCCAGCGAGAUGCCGACGAUCUGAUUAAUAUAUUCCGCGGAGCUAGGAACAUUCUUCUACUGCCUAUAUGGGACUCGGACAGACAACGAUGGUUCGCAGGGGCCCUGGUCUGGACGAACGAACCGCACAGGAUUUUUACCUUCGAGGAUGAGCUUGUCUAUAUCUCUGCGUUUACAAAUAGUAUCAUGACGGAAAUUCGCCGAGUCGAUGUGGAGGUGGCAGAGAAAGCAAAAACCAACCUAGUCAGCAGCAUCACUCAUGAGCUUCGAAACCCCUUGCAUGGAAUUUUGGGAACGGCAGAUAUACUAAGUGACACUGCCAUGAAUGCACUGCAGCAUGGAAUGGUUCACACGAUCGAAUCUUGCGGCCGUACCUUAUUGGACACAAUCAACAACUUGUUGGACUUUACCUUCAUUGAUCAAUAUAGGAAAGGGAGCACUUCUCGGCGCAAGGGGGGAAAAUCACGAUCGCAAUAUAAAUCCUCCCGGGAAAUGUCUUCAUAUACCCGUGUGUCGUUGGACUCUAUCUUGGAAGAGGUUACAGAGUGUGUGUUCGCCGGAUAUUGCUUCUACAACCACCCUCAGGCACCCCCUCCAGCCCUUACAGAGUCGUCAUCACGCACGGGCGGUCAACCCGAGAAGGCAGACCCUGUUGGUCCCCGAGCGAGUCAAGUCACUGUCAUUUUCGACAUCGAACCGGAUACCGAAUGGGUCUUUUAUACGCAUGCCGGUGCCUGGAGACGUAUUCUCAUGAACAUUUUCGGGAAUGCGCUAAAGUACACAUCUUCAGGAUACAUCUAUCUCGGGCUGAAAUCAGCUCAAAGUGGCAUUGAGUCGAACAUGUCAUCUAAAAAUCUCAGAGGCGAAUUUGAGGUCACACUCACCGUGAAGGAUACUGGAAAGGGCAUUGGAGCAAAAUAUUUGCAAAAUGGUGUUUUCAGUCCCUUCUCGCAGGAGGACCCACUUGCAUCUGGCAGCGGAUUGGGAUUGAGUAUUGUCCAUCAGGCCGUUGGACUCCUCGGUGGCUCGAUCGAGAUUGAAUCUACACCGGGUGUUGGCACUCAACUAACAAUCCAUACACCCCUCAUGAGGCCACCCGCCGAAUCAGAGGCUUCUUCUUCGUCAUCUUCCAUGUUCCAUUCACUGAGACAACACACGGAAGACAAGACAAUUGCAUUCUUAGGAUUUGGACAGCACUUACGUUCACAAAGAGACACAGCCUUGUAUUCUUCAUUGGAAAGAAUGUGUCAUGAAUGGUUUGGUCUGCAAGUGACCAAAAUAUCGCCAUUGGAAGGCAAGCAUAGUCCAUACAAUUUCUACUUGGCCGUGCAGACAGAACUGGACAGUGAAGAUGUUGGGGGAAGAAAUCUGUUUGGUCUCCCUGAGCACCUUAACAAAGACGGCGAAUGGACAUCGCCUGUUGUCGUCAUCUGUCAAUCUCCCGAGGAAGCCCACGGUAUGUUUGUGGCUGCCAAGAACCGGGGCGACACGACUUUCUUCGAGUUCGUGAGCCAGCCUUGUGGGCCUCGAAAAUUGGCUCGCGCACUGGAUAUGUGUAUCAAGCGGCAGCGUGAUAAAGAGUCUGGUCGACGGGACAGUGAUGAGCCUACUCGCUGGGUGGAAAUGCCCGAGUCCUCUCACCUGCCGCUGGAUCUCGGGCCCGCUGAUCCUCCGGAUGAUAGGAUGAAAAUCAGCAAGCGGCCAACGACAGAAACUAUGAGCAACGACAAAGAUAGACAAGAAAUGGAAGCCUCUUCAAAGAAACCUCCCGUGAUAGAGGAAGAGAAUACCACACAGCCAACAACGUCUUCAGCGCAUGGUGAAGGGGAACCACGCGAACCCGACCCAACGGUCUUACUUGUUGAUGACAAUGAUCUCAAUCUUCAACUACUUUGUGCCUACACCCAAAAGGCCGGCCUUAAAUAUAUGACAGCUCAAAAUGGCGUCGAUGCAGUCGAGAUUUACAAGGCUCAUCCUGGCAAGUUUCAGGUUGUCAUCAUCGGUAGGAUCUCAAUGCUUCAUCUCAAUCCGACUUCCCUCCGUACUAACAUUGAUACAGAUAUCUCUAUGCCACUCAUGGAUGGCUUUGAAGCAUCACGGCAAAUGCGCCGCUUGGAGAAAGAGCACCGUGCACAAUUUUCCAACUCUGAAAAUGCACCCCCACGCACUAUCAUAGCUGCUCUGACUGGACUUGAUAGCGCCGAGGCUCAGAAAGAAGCUUUGGGCUCCGGCAUUGACACCUUCCUCGUCAAACCCAUCAAGCGACCUCAAGUGCAGGCUAUCUUGCGGCGACAAGUAUAG